UUUCAACCAAUGCCGCGAUGGAAGUUAGUGUUCUGACAUUUUCUACUCUUGGAUUUAACUCAUUUGUAGUUGGAAAUUACUGCUGUACAAGUCAUUCCUUUGGCAUUCUGUAAUUAUUUAGUAGACAGUUACUGCCAACAGUAGCAUGUCAGACUGCUCACUUGUGUUUAUUGGACCGAAUCCACAAUCAAAUCUAGACCAUCAAGAAAAUGUCUAUACAUUGGUUCAAUUUCUCUUUGAAAAGCAUCAAGAAUUUGAUCUUGAAGAGUCGUCAACAGAAACCUACCUACUACCGAAGGAUGAACUAACUCUAAUCCGGCUUGUUCUACGUGAAUUUGAAAAACUUCAAGUUUGUUAAAUUUGUAUGCCUUCUAUUUCGUUAACUACAGAAUCCUAUGAAAGAAGAUCAUUUGGUUUUCUGGUUCAGAAUUUGUCGUUAUCGUCUUUACCGAGAUCGGUCUCUUGUAAGCGAUGAUGAGUACGAAUUUUGUCUUAAAAUUGAAGAAUAUCUUGUGUCCAACAACCUAGUAGAUCGGGUUUUGAUUGCACGUCGUUUGUUAGUGGAGUUUGUUGAGAACAUUACAUUAAAGCUCAAGCUAUUUUAUCCUCAAUACAUUGUUCAGUCAAAUAAAUUGGAUUGGUUUGAGUAUUUAGUCGUUGAAAUGUUGGCUGAUUUCAAAGUACCACAUCUUUCAUUCGCAUAUCUUUCAACUACUGAAUCUAACUUUUAUUAUUGUCAUCAAUGCAAGAUAGAUUUCAAUGUAAGAUACAAGGAAUGUGUCAAUCUUGAAACACUGCUCAGUUAUCUUGGACUUGCGGUUAAUAUUAAAGACUCUUUACGUCUGUUGAAGAUAUUCAACUUGCCUUACAGAGGUUUGAAUGAGCACACUUUCACUGCCCUUCGAAAAAUAGCUCAAUGUGAUAAUCUGUCAGUUACUCAGGUAGCGGUCUCAUUUGUUGGUCGUUUGAGGUUAGGGGAUUCUAGCUAUGCUCCUGAAAGUAAUCACCCCCUUCGACAAUGGUCUUCAGGUUUGAUACACUUGGUUGACUCCCUGAAUAGUUGUCAUGAUAUAUUAUCUGGUGCAGCUGAUGAUAGCUUAUUGGCAGCUGGUAGUGCUAAUUCACUGAUGUCCGUUGACGAUGCUGUUCAGUCUGUUUCUCAGUGUCUUCGUGCAUCUUGUCGCAUACUAAGAAAACCUGGUAUAGUCGACAAAGCCGUGCACAAGGAAGUUAAGCCAAUAGUUAAUUUAACAAAACUUUCAAGUGUGUGUGAUGAUCUUGUCAAACGCAUUCGGAAAUUGUCCUCCACAAUUAUCGUAUCUAAGAUGUGCUGUGAUACGCCAGAUAGACCCGCAAUUGCAGGAGGAAGUGUUCGAGGCAGGGCAGCCUACAAACUGAUACGCUUAUUACUUGUAACAGAAUCCGAGCGUCUGCGAAGUAAUUCAGUUGAAUUCAACAAUUCAGCCGCCAGUCCUGUUAUACAGAAUAAUGAAUUGCCCAACAAAGACGACUGUUCAACUACACCGUUAAGUCAGCUGUCGAAGUCCGAUACACCCACCACAGAUGGUCGUACAUGCAGAUUACUUCAAAUGUUCAUAUCACCGUCUACACCACUCGUGAAUAAUUUAAAGCCGGUUGUCAGAAAUAUUCCUUCUCCACAGGAUCGAAUGAAUGAUGAGAAUUGUUUUGUCCCGAUGCCUAAAAGAAUUGUUAUGUCGCACUACCAGUCUAAUCUAGAAUGGGUCAGUAGUCAUUGUUCACCAUUGGUUACGCAUUCUUUUUCUAUUGAUGAAACAAAGUCACUGCCAUGUUGGAAUAUACAAAAUGAAGAUUCACAGUCGAACGCAUCUUUUACUAAAGAAGACAAGGAUUUAAAUGGUUAUUCUGAACCUGGGACACCAACUAAAUUAUUCAGAAAACAAAACAGACGAUCGAGAGCCUUAUUCACGGAAGAAAAUUCUGAGAGUGAUGCUAAAACGGCACAGUGCAACACACUUUUGAACAGUAAGGUGACUUCUAAUCAGAUAGCGAAAAGCCGAGGUAUACAGAAUACUAAGAAGUCAACAAAUCAGAAGAAACGCUCGAAAACUGUUCUAUGCACUGUUUCUUCAAAUAAACAGCGAUCUCUGUUAGAAUUUUUCAAAUCAUAGAUUGAAUUUUUUCUAGAUUUUAUAAUGUGAUUAAAUGCGUCUGUCAUUAAGUACCUUCACGGUUGUACUUUUGUUAAUGACAAUUUUUAAUGCUUUGGUGUCUUUCUAUCUUGUCAUACUUUAAUUUUAUGUCUUCGAUGUAUUUGUAUUACAUCUCACACUGUGUUAUCCGUAAUUUCCUUCUUGUUUAAUCGUUAAUAUGCAUUUAUAUUAGGAAUGUGAAUGAAAUAUGUAAAUUUAAAACUACAACAAUGAAACGAA